AUGACCAAUGAAAGCGCCGAUGACAUUAAUGUCGGCGUUGCCCUUACUACGGCGCUGCUCCUUCCUGGUGAUUUGGAGCGGAAUGCCGGGUAUAGUGAAUAUGUGAACUAUGCCCUAAUGCUCCAGCACUCUGUUCAAGCCAUCCAGCAUGCCCACUCAUUUUCAAUGCAAUCUUUCCAGAAUCGAGAGAAGCUGGUCGACCUGAGGAGGGAGGUUUCUUCCCUCAAAAAGGAGAAUAAAUCUCUUGAAUUAAAGAUGAAAAAAUUGGAGGAUCAGGCCGAGGCUGCCACCAAAGCCCAAACCUUAGCCGAGGAAAAGGCUGAAUCUGCUGAGGCCAUCAAGACAGUUGCUGAAUCCCAAAAAAAAGAGGCCGAGGCGAGAGCGGCCCAGGCCGAGAAGGAACUUCAGGAAGCCUUGGCCACAAAGGAAGCCGAAAUCAAAGAGGUUGAUGAGAAGGCAUAUGCUCAGGGUGUGGCCGGCGUCACUGAGGAUUACAAGCUUCAAGUUAGGCAGGCAUGCAACAGGGGAUUUUCCCUUGGUUGGAUGUCCCUGAUAAAAAAAACUUGA